UGAAGGUUAGUCAUGCCUUCUCUGUGGGCUGCUAUGUCUUCCCUGUGGUGAUGAAAUCCACCCUCCUGGAACUAUUUGCUUGGCGGGCGGUGAUCCUGUGGCUGAGGUUUUGCUUCGGGCUGAUCUUGCACCUGCGAGAUGGAGCAUGAAUACAGGGAGAUGCUCUUGUUGACCGGCCUGGAGGAAAUCACCGAGAAUGAACUGCAACGGUUCAGGUUCUUGGUCAUGGAUGAGUUUAAGAUCUCUAGGAGCCAACUGGGUGAGACCACAAACAGAACCGAGUUAGCAGACCUGCUGAUUCAGAGCGCAGGCCCAGCGUCGGCAGUGACAAAGACCAUACAUCUUUUCCGGAAGUUGAACUACAUGCACGCUGCAAAAUGUCUUCAGGAGCAAAAGAAAAAAGUUGAGAGUCGAUCCAUGACAAAUAGAAAGAAGAAAGGAACACAGCAAGUAGAAAAAAGAAGUCAAGCUGAAAACUGUUCUGGUGCCUCUGCCCCCAGCAGAGGCGAAUCCUCCAAGACAAACUCUGCUCCAGAAGUCUGUCCUCAGGCUAAGCCUCAGAAGCAGCAGAUCGUGGCAGAGCAGGAAGCUAGCAGAGAAGGUUUACAGAAAGAUCCACUGGCGGUCUUGGUGUUGAAAACUACGAAUCCUUUCAAGUGUGAGACUGAGGAAGACAUAUUCCAUGCGACAGUGGCCACAGCGACUGCAUUUUUCUUCGUAAAAGUUUUAUAUGCGCCGUUUAAAGAUAAAUUUACCCCAAGGAGAACAAUUAACAUUUCAAACUAUCUUUGGCACAGUAACUUUUUGGAGGUGACCAGCUCCUCAAUUGUGGUUGAUGCUGACGCUGACCACAAAGUCUGUGUCCCAGAUAACAUUAGGCAAAAAGCUGGAAGAACUCCCACAAUUAAGAUGCUGAAGACCCAGCCUUGUGGAACAAUUGCGAAUGGGACGUUUAAAGUCCAGAAGGUGAAGCAGAAAAACGACAGAGUAGUGUAUGGCAUACAAGACAAAACCGGGGAGAUGGACGUGCUGGUGCUUGGAAACCGGGAGAAAAUCAAAUGCGAGAAAGGAGACAAGCUUAGACUCGUAUUUUUUGAGGUGUCAGAAGAUGGAGAGAAAACACAGUUGAAAUCAGGACCCUACAGCUUCUUUAAGGUUAUUAAGACCACAAAGCCACAAGCUGAGCAAAAAGAAAAAUGUACAUUGAAGUCAACUCAUCUAAACAACACUUCUUUGGAGGAUUCUAAUACUACUUCUUGAACCAGACUGAAAUGCCUGAGGAUAGAUGUUUACAAGCUCUUCAUCCUAUCCUAUUAAUUCAAAGAGGAUAAAUACAAUUCCUCUGUUAGCUGUAGAGCAAAACAAAACAAAAAUCUAGUAAAAAAAUCCAAUACCAGGCAUGAGAAACCCUCUUUUGAGUAGUUGAUUGUCUAGGAGACUCCCAAAACAUCAUGGGCUAUUGCUCUUGCCCUUAGUUGAUCCCCAGAAGUGAAGAUAAGUUCAUAUUGCUGAAGACACCAUGCACUUCAGACACAGGGUUCAGAGGUCCCUGAGCUGUAACUGACCUGAGAGUCUUCUCCCCAAGAAUUAUCUUUCACAAAACCAGAAGGUGCCAUACAAACUUCCCAAAGAGGGAGGCAACCAUCAGUAGCACCCAGUUAUGAUGCCUAAGAAUCAUAAAGAUGAGCAACAUGGCACAAUAACCCUAAGGGUGAAUUAGCAUGAUAAAUGUCUUAGUAGUAACCCACAGUUCUUUAAUUGGACUUAAGACCCACUCAACAAGAAAGAAAUCAUUCCUGGUAUUAGAAACCUAACCAACUACUCUGGAUUAGUGAAGUCAUGAAUUGUAGAGGAAACAUAUUAGUUAAGAACCACUUCACUAAACAGCAUUAGCCCUAACUACACUCUAAGUAUCUGUCCUUAUACACUUAGAUAAGUGUAGUCCUCAUCCCUCAUGAACAAAAUUUCUUCUUGCAAUGGAUGGAGGCCAUUACAAAAAAAAAAAUCACAGCCAUCAAAAUGUAGAGUUGUGACUACCAGUCCCAGUGGAUAGAUCUACAAUAGAACUCUAGCACUUAAGGUUCAGGGAAUAUCAUGGAAGAGGGGAUGGAAAGGUUGCUGGUGGUGGUCAUGUCAGAGGAGCAGCAGUUGGCAACUGAGCUUCAGGAGUUCAGUUCACCACAAUGCAAGGCACUGGUGAGUGAAUUUUGGAUACGCAAGGCUCCAAAGGUUUCGGGUCCAUAAUGUCUCUUGACAGUGCUGUGUUGCCAAUUUUCUUUGUUAUCUGUCAUGGUGAAAAUGGGCAUGGGGGCGGAUCCCCACUGCCUUUAAUAUAGUGUCAUUAUUUUAUGGAAACAAUCCACCAUACUGGACAUUUUAACCUGUGGAUUUUUAUCUAGAUGUUUUUUCUUUAGCUUCAUUUAAGAAAUGAAGUAAUUAACUGAAGUAAUUGUUUUACACAAUUAUAGUGUUAGUUUAAAUAGAAUUUUGAUGAUUAAGGGUUUCUAACAAAUAUAGUAAUGGAUUAUAUAGCUAUAUAGAUUGUAUAGAUAGAGGUUAGUUUAGUGGGAAAAUUAGUAAAGGUAAAAGUAGGAUAUAGUGUUGGCCCCAGGGGCAGCAGAGGAUAGAAAAUAGGAGUGAGCAAGUGUCACACAGCUAGGAUGUAGCAGUUUCUCUUGACGAGUCAUAGAGACUGUGAUUUAGGUUAAAGGUUAAGGAGAAAAAAAUGAGUCCCAGGAAUUAAGCUAGCUCAACGGUUUUUAAUCUUGAUGCUGGGAAAUAUAUACAUGGGUUCAGUGUGCAUCACAGCUAAAACAAGCCUUAAAUAAUAACUUCAUGUAACUAAAAAACAGAGAGUUGCAUGGUCCAUUAAGAUCAUUGUACAAGACUCUAAAAUAGGAAUAAUGAAAGAAAUAGCCUGUUUUUCUGGCAAUAAUAAAAAGUACUGCAUAUGUAAAAGUCUAAAAGACAAAUAUGUAACUAAGUGUGAGUUUUUCAGAAAAUUCAUAAAGAUAUGGUUAAGAAAUAUAAUGGAGUUGAGCUAUUCCAGAAAAAUAUUUUUUUAUGCUGAUUAUUUAGUAACUGUAUAAUAACUUUUGGUUAUAGGAAACUUCCUUCUCUUUGUAAUUGACUUGG